GUCGGUGAACUCAAAUCAAAUUACCGAAGAUUUAUAUACAUUUCAGCAUUUCACAUAAAAAUAAAAAGGUAAUUAGCAAUUAAAUUAUUGCAAACCCAAGAACAAUGGCAGACGAGAACGAAAACGAAAAAAUGGAUAACGAGAACCAGAAACCUGAAAAAAUGUUCACCCUGAAAAAGUGGAAUGCCGUGGCUAUGUGGAGCUGGGACGUUGAGUGCGAUACUUGUGCUAUUUGUCGAGUACAAGUUAUGGAUGCCUGUUUAAGAUGCCAAGCUGAAAGCAAAAAAGAUUCCUACGGAAAACAAGAUUGUGUGGUAGUGUGGGGCGAAUGCAAUCAUUCUUUCCACUAUUGUUGCAUGUCCUUGUGGGUCAAGCAAAAUAAUAGAUGUCCAUUAUGUCAGCAAGAAUGGUCUAUUCAGAGAAUGGGGAAAUAGUUAAGUCAUAUAACAUUGUUAAGCUAGUUAAGUUGAAAUUGAAUAAAAUAAAGUUUGUCUAAGGAAACUUAGUCUGCC